AUGGAACUCAGAUCAGAUCUAUACGUAAGAAAAAUAGCUCAGAGAAGCGGUGGGAAACAAGAAGAAGAGAUUAAUCUGUUACAUAACCGCAGAUUCGACCUCAGGUGUGCUAUAUCAGUACUGUAUCCUACCUACUGUGCUCAACAGAGUUUCAGGUGGAGGCUGAAAGAUCUCAGAUGCUGCGAGAAGGGUAUGCAGAAGAGAAGGAAGAUGAUCGAUGUCGCUAAAGAAGCUUAA